AUGCCCAAGUUUGUGCCUCGACAGAGGAAACGCAAAGUGCUUGAUAGAGAGCGGGCUGCUGCUGCACGCCAGUUCGAAGAAGGCCAGGAUGCCGGCGACUCGGCUGAGACCCCUGCUGAUGGUCAUGUGGCUACAGAAACCGCCAGGCUUAAAGCAAAUCUACGAGAUAAAGGACUUCCUGUCUCUGCCAAGAAAGCCAAGCGAUUAGAAAAGUACAUUGAGACCAAGUUGAAGAAGGAUGAGAACAGGGAACUUUUGGCCAAGCUGGCAGCCAACAAGAUCGACACGAGCUUGUUCUCGAGCAGCAAAACUCUGGGACAAACCAAGCAGACAAAGAGGCAGGCUUUAUCACAGGCGCUGAAUGAAGAGAGGGCCGGACUACCCGGGGACGCUGCCAGGGAGGAGCUCCUCUAUGAAAAGCGCGAGAAGAAAGAUCUACCAGACCAGGAAGAGGAUUCCGAGCUAGAGGCUCAGGAGCAACCCAAGCCGGAUGCAACCGCCUCGUCGACCAUUGCUCCUGCAGGAGAACCAAAAACGACUCCUGCUGCUGGUUCAGGUCUUAAAAGGCCACUAGAGGUGGAUGACGACGGUAGACCUGUGAUUCAGAAGCGCCAAAAGCGAGGAGGCGUAAAAUCAAAGGUAUCCUUGGCACCGAAACCUCCAGUCGACAGCAGCGAUUCAGACGAAUGGGGCGGUUUCAGCUCAGCCGAGGACAAUAAUGAUGGUGAGGACGAAGAUUUGGCGACCGAUGAAGAGUCCAGCGAAGAAGAGGCAUCGGAGGCAUCGGAGGACGAAUCCAGCGAAGAUGGAUCGGAUUCAGCCGACGAGGACGACGGUGAUAUACCACAAAGGCGGUCGGCGUUCAAGGAGUGGGCUCAGGCACAACGAAACGAAGCGCUUGGGUUUCAACCCUCUACAUCGACAGUUUUGGAUAUACCUCGACCAGCAAACUUCAAACCAAGACCAAUGGAGCAGGAACCGUUGCCGCCUGAGCUUCAACCCACAAUGGAUACAGAUCGAAAGGCAUUCCAUGUUGCAGUCGCCCGCUCGCCCGAAAUUCAGUCAGCACGAUUAGCUCUUCCAGUUGUAUCCGAAGAACAGAGAAUCAUGGAGGCAAUACACAACAACAAUAUUGUUGUCAUAUGUGGCGCAACCGGUUCGGGAAAGACUACUCAGAUUCCCCAAUUUCUCUUCGAAGCUGGGUAUGGUUCACCUGAUUCACCGACUCCUGGGAUGAUAGGCAUCACUCAGCCAAGGAGGGUCGCCGCUGUGAGCAUGUCAAAACGAGUGGCCGAGGAACUGGGUGACCACUCUCAAAAGGUUGGUUACCAGAUUCGAUUUGAGGGCACUGUCAACAAAGAUACCGCUGUCAAGUUCAUGACAGAUGGUGUACUGCUUCGGGAGAUUGCCCAGGAUCUAGCCCUACGCAAGUACUCCGCAAUAGUGGUUGACGAGGCCCAUGAGAGGAGCGUGAACACCGACAUUCUCAUAGGCAUGCUCAGCCGCAUCAUCAAGCUCAGGGCGGAAAUGGCCCAGGAAGACCCAGCAGUCAAGCCCCUGAAGCUUGUGAUCAUGUCCGCUACUCUGCGGAUCGAGGAUUUGACCGAAAACAAGAACUUGUUUGCCACGCCGCCCCCAGUACUCGAAGUCGAGGGGAGACAAUACCCUGUCACUCUUCAUUUUGCCCGCAAGACACAUCAUGACUAUGUCGAAGAGGCGUUCAGAAAGAUAAGCAGAGGUCACAAAAAGCUGCCGCCAGGUGGUAUGCUUGUCUUUCUGACUGGCCAGAAUGAAAUAACCCAACUCAGCAAGCGGCUCAAGCUCCAAUUCAAUGGAGUCACAUCUGUCAAUGCACCCCAAGUAAGAAUAUCGACACAGGAUGCACCCAUGGAGGCUGAAGAUGUGGACUUUGGCGAUGCGCUUGAUCUAGACCAAGAUGACUAUGAUGACGGCGAGGGCUCUGAAGGGGAUGAGAAUGAGGAAGAAGAGUUCAAAAUCGAGGAAGAAGAGGCAGGCACUGGUCCUUCGCGCAUGCACGUAUUGCCGCUUUACUCUUUGCUGCCAACAAAGGAACAGAUGCGCGUAUUUGAGCCACCCCCAGAUGGCAGUCGUCUCGUUGUGCUGGCUACAAACGUGGCCGAGACCAGUUUGACGAUCCCUGGGAUACGCUACGUUUUUGACAGUGGCAGGUCCAAGGAGCGCAAGUACGACCAGCUGACGGGAGUGCAGAGUUUCGAGGUUGGCUGGAUCAGCAAGGCCAGCGCGAAUCAGCGCGCAGGCAGAGCUGGUCGUACGGGGCCUGGCCACUGCUGGAGGCUCUACUCGUCUGCAGUCUACGAGAGAGAUCUCGACGAGUUUGCGCUUCCCGAACUUCUUCGUACAUCACUCGAGGGAGUUGUACUUCAGCUCAAGUCCAUGAACCUCCAGCAUGUCGUCAACUUUCCUUUUCCCACACCUCCCGAGCGCGACAGCCUAGUCAAGGCUGAGAAGCUGCUCAAGUACAUAUCGGCAGUCUCAGAAGAGGGACGCGUGACACAAGUUGGAUACACAAUGUCUAUCUUCCCCCUAUCGCCACGCUUCUCGCGGAUUCUUCUCCUUGGCCAUCAGCAUGACUGUCUGCAUUACACCAUCACCCUUGUUGCCGCCCUCUCUGCAGCAGAAAUCUUCAUCCCGGAGAACCAGGCGAUCCCCCAACUAGCAGCCAAGGAAGACGAUGACAUCCGCACCAACGACGAUAUACAGGCUGAAACCAAACAGGCUGCCAUAAGACGGCAGUUCAACGCAGUGAACAAGAACUUCUGCUUCCUUGAUGACAAAUCAGAUGCCAUAAAGACGCUCCAGGUUCUUGGCGAGUUUGCCCACGAACCAACAGAAAAGUGGUGUGAAAGCCACUUCGUCCGAUUCAAGGUUCUCAAGGAGGCGCAGAAGCUCCGCCAGCAGAUUGUCCAGCUGCUCAAGACAAACAUACCAUCAUUUGCCAAUAUCACUUUCCAAGAUAAACUUGAUGCACCUACUGAGAAGCAGGUCAAGGCACUCAAGCAAAUGGUGGCAGCUGGCUUCAUCGACCGAGUUGCCAUCCGGGCGGACAAGGCACCCACCCCACCAACACAGUUCCGACCCCCGAGACGCGCCAUCGAUGUUCCAUACAUACCGUUAUCCCCUCUUGCUGUCGAUGGAGGCUCUUCUGACGACGAAGAAAAGCUUGUCUAUAUUCACCCGUCUUCCCCACUGGCACAUCUUAGUACGAGCGAGUGUCCAGACUACAUAAUCUAUAACUACCUGCAAAAGCCGGCAUCGCUAGCUGUGGAGGACGGGACCAGGAAGCCCAAGACACGGAUGCACGCACUCACAGACAUAAAUGGAGCCCAACUGGCCAAUUUGGCGAAACGUACGCCAUUGAUUAGUUACGGAAAGCCCAUCAAGGUAGCAAACGAUGAUGGGAAGACACGUGAGGCCUGGCUCGUCCCAUACAUCAGAGCUGAGGGCACGGGAGGGAUUGGAUGGCCGCUACCAGUGCAGAAGCUGAAACAGAAGAGGAUCGCUGGAAAAGGUUGGGUUGUUGAGUAG